CAGCCCCUGGGCACCUAAGGAUCUCAUCCCCCCCGGCUGUGCCAGCAGGAGGCCAGGCUGUGCCAGGACACCCAGGCAGAUGGUGGCUGUGUGGAGGCUGACUCCCCCCUCUCACACUGCUCCAUCCCCUGUUUUGCAGAGAUCGUUGGUGAGGGCUCAGCCCUCUAUGGCCUCCCUCCACCUCUGAGCCUCCUUCGCUGCUGCCCACAGGGAGAGGACCCCAGCUGCAUCCUUCAGCCAGCACCAUGGUGGGGCAGAGCCCCCUGGAGCCCAGCGAGGGCAGGGCUGCAGUGCUGCUGGAGCCCUUUGUGCACCAGGUGGGAGGGCACCUGAGCCUGCUGCGCUACGACGAGCACACGGUCUGCAAGCCCCUGGUGUCCCAGGAGCUCAGCUUCUACGAGGCACUGCCCCUGCCCAUGAGGCAGUUCACUCCCCAGUACAAAGGCAUCGUUUCAGUGCAGCUCAGGAGGGACAGCCUUGGCAACCUGGUCCUGCUGGCCAGCCCCAGCCUGCAGGCAGAGAGCGCCGUGGGGGACUCCUCGGGGGCAGUGUGGCACAGGCACAGGAGGGCUGCUGGCAGUGACUGUGCCAAGUGGAGCCACACACAGCUCACCAAGACCUGCAAAGACAGCUGCCCAGGGAAGAUGCUAUUGAGGACAGACCUUCAGUACUGCACAGAGCCACUUUUGGAGGAUGCAAAUGGAAACCAGCCAGAAAGAAAGAGCCACAACCCCUGGGGACUGCACUGCCACAGGCAGCACCUGAACCGCCUGUCCUCCAAGCACAACGAGAACAAACUCCACCAGUUCCUGCUGCUGGAAAACGUGGUCUCCAAGUACAGCUUCCCCUGCAUCCUGGACCUGAAGAUGGGGACCCGGCAGCACGGGGACGACGCCUCGGAGGAGAAGCGAGCUCGGCACAUCCGCAAGUGCCAGCAGAGCACCUCCGCCGCGCUGGGCGUCCGCAUCGGCGGCAUGCAGGUCUACCAAGCAGACACUGGCCACUUCCUCUGCAAGGACAAAUACUACGGCAGGAAGCUCUCGGCAGAGGGGUUCAGGCAAACCCUGCGCCAGUUCCUGUGCAACGGGAACCGGCUGCGGACGGAGCUGCUGGAGCCCAUCGUGCUGCGCCUCAAGGCUCUGCUCUCUGUCAUCAGGAAGCAAAGCUCCUACAGGUUCUACUCCAGCUCACUCCUCAUCAUCUACGACGGGCAGGAGCACAAGGAGCACACAGCACCCCUGGGGAACCAUCUUCCCUUCCCCAGAACAAACUGCAGCCCCCCGCAGGGCGCCCAGCACUCCAGAGUCGACGUCCGGAUGAUCGACUUUGCCCACACCACUUUCAGAGGCUCCAAAGGCAACCACACCACCCACCAUGGGCCAGACCAUGGCUACAUCUUUGGCUUGGAGAACCUCAUCAGAAUCCUUCAGAGCCUCUCAGAAGGCAAAUGAACAGUUCUGGGGAACCCUUCGGGUUUCUUAGCGACCCCUGGCCCCGAGAAGCCCUGCGCUGGGGCACUGCCCUGGGCCCCUCUCAGCUGCUGGCUGUCACCUGCUGCAUGGCUUGGACUGAGGGCACGGGCAGCCUGCUGGAAAGCACCAAACAAGUGCCACAUGCCAAGACUGAGCUCAAGCAUGAAAAGCAAAGAGCUGAAAGAAUCUGCUCUGCCUGCCACCAACCAGGUGAUUUAUUUUCCUUCCUUGUUUUACUGCUGUCCUUGAUUUAUUUCUGAGCCACAAAGAAAGCCUUACUUGAAAGAGUCUUAAUGAUCAGCCAGGCCCUGCUCAGGUCCAUGCUCAGCA